AUGGCCGCUCGACACCCCCAAAUGCCACCUCGAGCAAAGAAGGCUGCGGCCUCUGUGCCUCCAGCAACUGCAGCACUGCCACUUGACAGCUGUGUGAUCGCUUUUAGUGGAAAGUUCACCGGCUACAAGCAAUCCGCUCUGGAAGACAAGGCUGCCGCUUUGGGAGCACAACCCGUGAAGAGCGUCACUGCAAACACGACUCACCUUGUCACCACACAAGCUGACUACGACAAGAAAUGCACCAAAGUCUGGCAAGCAAAGGAUCGUAGCGGCAUCUUCAUCGUCAGCCUUGACUGGCUGCUUGACUCUGAGCAGUCCAAUGCACAGCAAUCUGAGGCCCAGUACCUCUUUGAUGCCUCACAGAAUGGAACCAACAAUAGCAACAACCCUGUUGCAGCUCCUACCAAUCCUGCCCCCACACAGACUGCUCCUGCCCAAAGCAAUCCUUCCAAAAAGCGGCAGGCGUCACCUAUUGCCAUCAGCUCGAGCCCCGCGCCCACGGCCAAGAAAACCAAGCUCGAAACAGUUGCCCAAAAUGGCAAGGCUGCUGUCGUGGGCAAAGAGCAGAUCGCCAAGUCGUGGGAUGUCCAAGUACCUGUUGAUGAGGGCUUCCCUCUUGCUGGAUAUGGGGUGCACGUCGACGAUGAUAGUGUCAUCUGGGACGCCUCUCUAAAUCAGACUAAUGCAGGCGCCAAUAACAAUAAGUUCUAUCGAAUUCAAGUCCUUGUUUCCUCUGGAGAUGCCAAAACCUGGACCAGAUGGGGUCGUGUUGGCGAACGGGGUCUUAGUAAGAUCCUUGGAAACGGCUCCCUCACAGAUGCAAAGAAGCAGUUCGAGAAGAAGUUCAAGGAGAAGUCUGGAAUGCUCUGGGAAAACCGAGCGAACGAUCCCUUGCCCGGGAAAUAUGUUUUUCUUGAGAAGAGCUACCAGCCGGACACUGAUUCAGAGGACGAGAAACCGGCUGAUGGCAAGGAGGACACCCGAGCAGGCCCGCCUCCAUGCACUCUUGAGCCUGAUGUCCAAAAGCUGAUGGAGCUCAUUUUCAACCAGAGGUUCUUCGCUGCCGCGAUGACGGAAAUGAAUUAUGACUUGAACAAACUCCCCUUGGGAAAACUCAGCAAGGCUACCAUCAUGCGUGGUUUCCAAACACUGAAGGACCUCUCGGAUCGCAUCGACAACCCUGCUGCUGCUGUUGGAAACUCGAUGUCCACCGAGGACCUCUCCAAUCGAUAUUACUCUCUUAUUCCGCACAGCUUCGGCCGCAAUCGACCGCCAAUCAUCAAUUCUCAGGACAUGGUCAAACGGGAAAUAGAACUUCUCGAGACCUUGGCCGACAUGAAGGAUGCCACCAAUAUCCUGAAGGCAGAAAUUGAUGAGCGCAACAGCUUGCAUCCCCUGGACAGACAGUAUCGUGGCCUCGGAAUGGAAGAAAUGACCGUUUUGGACCCCAGCGGAGCUGAGUUCAAGUCUCUUGAAGAGUACCUCGUCAACACGCGUGGUCACACGCAUGCGGUUAACUACAGCGUCGAGAACAUCUUCCGCAUUGAGCGCCGGGGUGAGAGAGACAGGUUCAUCGCUGACAAGAUUUCUGACCGCCGUCUGCUAUGGCAUGGAAGCCGUGCCACCAACUUCGGUGGAAUCUUGAGCCAAGGCCUUCGAAUUGCACCUCCAGAGGCGCCGGCUACAGGAUACAUGUUUGACAAAGGAAUCUAUCUCGCGGACAUGAGCAGCAAGAGCAUCAACUAUUGCAUCCCCAGUAUCUCUGACGGUACAGCUCUUCUCCUGUUGUGCGAGGCUGAGCUGGGCGACCCCAUGCAAGAGCUCACCAACGCCGAGUACAAUGCAGCGAGCCAUGCCAAAGCCAAGGGCCUGUGGUCAACUUUUGGCAAGGGCAUGACUGGACCGCCAAAGUGGAAAGAUGCGGCAUGUGUCCAUCCAUCCAUGAAGGGCAUCAAGAUGCCAGACACCAGCCAAGACCGACCAGGCCCGACGGGUGUUCCAGGAGCCUAUUUAAUGUACAACGAGUACAUCGCGUAUGACAUCUCGCAGGUCCGCCUGCGAUAUCUCUUCCGAGUCAAGGUCUGA